GAGGGAUGGGGUGUUUGAGAUUGUUCGUGUGGAGCUUGUGAGAGAAGAGAGGAAAGAAAAGGGGAGGAGGAGGGGGGAACAGAGAGAGAAAGAGAACAGGAGCUUGUGAAGAUAGAGAGAGAGAGAGAGAGGGAGGGAGCUGGAGGCUGCGAGGCUGGACUACCCGCUCAAACACUGCAGUCUUUCUUUGGCUUCUCUGAGGAAACUGUCUUUCUCUUCUCCCAGCUUAUCUCUGCCUCUUUUUUUUUUUGUUGCUUCUUGGACAUGACCCCACUGGACACCUGGCUUUCUUUGCCACCGUAGAGAAAAGGAAAGGAAUGCUGUAGUGGAGAAAAGGGAGAGACGAGAAGAGGGGACACCAGCGCACACUUUGCCUCACUGAUGAGUGUCUGGAAAUUAAUUAACAGCCGCUGGCAGAGAGGGGGGAGCGCACAGAGGGGCUCAGAGUGAGGAGCAGGACGACAAUAAGAGGGCGAGUUGAUAGAUGUGUGAGGAGCAGGCUGAGGAAAGAGGCUGAGACACUUUUUCAGCGGCAAAAAGGACAAGUUAGGGAAAAGAAGCGAGGGUUAUCCAAAGAACGCUCUGCUCUCAUGCCUUAUUCAUCCUUUCAUGAUUCUUUUAAUUUCUCUUUUUCUCAUUCAUAACACCAUCCUUCCCUGUCAUUUAUUUUGCUUUGUUAAGUUCUGCCCUUGCUUUCUUUUUUUCCUCAUGUCAGCAAAAGCACACCAGCCACAUGCUGAACAAUCAGCCGACACUUAGACCACAGCGUAGCAAUUUUCAUUCUAAGCGGACGUUACUGAGUAAGAAGGAUUUGAUUGGCUGAAGCAGGGGUGCUGUUCCCUCCCGGGCUGAGGGCACCUGCUCAGGAAUUUCUCAUGAGACGAGGUAGGACGCUUCUGGAUCAUUUUAGCAACCCAAAGCAGCCGGAGCGGUCGAGUCGAAGCCCUCCAGUCUUUCUACCUGAUUGAACUGUUAAGAGAUGAAACUGCACACCAGCUUAUCUCUUCCAGCGUGACGCCUGUGUUUGAGCGAUUACGGGGAUGUGCAGAUGUGUGUGUGUGUGUUGGGAUUAUGCCCUAAAUACACAGCUAUACAGGUGUUGCAGUUGGAUUAUGCAAAGUCUCUUGCUCAAUAUAGUGGCACUGUAGGAUUAGGAGGAACUCUGAUCAAGUGAAUGGCGGCACAUUAUGUACCACAGAUGAACUCGGAUUAAGAGGGAUCUCGUAAUUAAAUCAGCCUCUCUAGGGAGUGAAAGGGGUCAUUAUUAUUUUGAGCUGAAGUGGCGUUAGGUUGAGAUAUCUCCAAAACCUGUCCCUCAACCCUCAAUGGAAUAACUUCCGGUCCCUUGUUGUGGACUUUUCUCUAACCUGAAGUACUCAGAGUGACGAUCAAAGACUUUUUAAGACUCGUUCAGCUUCCAUAAUGAGACGCUCAAGCACAGACGAGACUCCGUACCGACGGAGUCCGUCUCUGGACAGCAAACCCGACACGCCGCCGUUCAGUUCCGGGUUUCACCGCUUCAGUGGGGAGUUUGAGUACAAGCGGCCACCAUUUGCGUUUGGCUUCCACACGACAAAGGGGCCACAGACGUCCAAGGGGCGCUAUUCACAGGGGAAGAAGUAUGUGGUGUUUUAUCUGGACCUCUCCUUCAUAUUCCUCCUAGAACUUCGGCGCUGCAGGAUGGCCGAGGGUUGCAUGAUGGCCCUGCGAUACGGAAUGGUCUUCUUCAACCUCCUCUUCUGGUUGGGAGGAUGUGGCAUACUGGGGGUGGGAGUCUGGCUCUCAGUGACCCAGGGAAACUUUGCCACCCUGUCAUCAUCCCUUCCCUCCCUGUCGGCAGCCAACCUGCUCAUCGCGGUGGGGACAAUCAUCAUGGUGAUUGGCUGUCUGGGCUGUGUGGGAGCUGUCAAGGAGAGCCGUCCUCUGCUGCUCACGUUCUUCAUCCUCCUCCUGCUCAUCUUCUUCCUGGAGAUUCUGUCCAUCAUGCUUUUCUUCAUCUACCAAGACGAGAUUGAUCACUACGCACAGAGGGAUCUGAAGAAGGGCCUCCAGCUGUUCGGCACAGAGGGCAACGUGGGUUUGACCAACGCCUGGAUGAUCGUACAAACUGAUUUUCGAUGCUGUGGAGUCACCAACCACACAGACUGGUUUGAAGUGUACAAUGCCAGCCGUGUGCCGGACUCCUGCUGCCUGGAAUACAGUGACAACUGUGGCCUAGACAACCCAGGAACAUGGUGGACAGCGCCAUGCUACGAGCGGGUGAAGGACUGGCUUAAUGAGAACCUAGUAGCACUUUGGAUCUUCGCUCUAUGCACAGCACUUACUCAGAUCCUGGGGCUGGUCUUCUCCAUGACGAUGUUCUGUCAGUCAGUGAAAGUAGAGACCUUUUACGCCUAGCGGUCGACCUCGCUGCCCUUCAGCACACUUGGAUUGUUUAUCAUUAAAGAGGGACAGAUAUAGACCAACCCUCCUCCUCCUCUUCUGCCUCCUCCUCAAACAGACUCUUCUUUCCGACGCUUGUCCUCUCUGUGACAUUCCCUCUCGGAUGUCGCCUGUUCACAGUUUUCUGCUAACUAUCAACAAGCACAGUGUCAGUGUAAUACCUGAGUUGGUUUCUAUGGUUUGCUCUGUGUAAAAGCUAAUUUCUGUGAUACAUUUUAUGAAGCAGUAUUAUGAAACGUGUAUAAAAAAAAAGUGUAACCCCCCUUUUUUAAUAUGUGUUUUGUUUUAAAUUAUUUUAUGGUUUGUAUGUGUUUAUGAAAAUGCGAGCUAUAGUUAGGAAGGUGCACAGUGUGAAGUGCUGCAAGUGCAUGUCUCCUGCCAUGGUGUGUAUUAAAUGUUUUGGCUCGACUUAAAAAAAGGACAUGUCAUCUUGUCAUUUCUCAACUGGAAACGCUGAAAGGUUUCAUGUGUAAUCCUGCUUUAUUUAUUCCUGUCACCCAGCAUGACAAACAGGAGGGACUGGGGGGAGAUUUUCAAGGAACCAGCACGUCAAAUUGUUUAGGGUGUGAAACAUGCUGGAGUCAUUAAAACAUUUUGUGACAUUUGA